CAGAGGCAGAUGAUUACAAGGACUUGGUGUGGAGGGGGAUGAGAAGACGUGACUUCUCUCUCUACAAAGAGUAUGCCACGGAUAGAUGUCCUGAUUUCAAGGACUAUCCCUGGUCGGAGAAGAAUGAGGCCGUGGCAGAGGAAGUGAAGGAGAUACGGGAUAUGGUCAAGGGAUUAACGAGGCAGGUUACUGAGAUUGUAUCCACUACAGGGGUCACGGCAUACCGGGACCAACCUGGGGGGCCCUAUUCACUUUGCUGGGACCGUAGGAACAGCGAUCCCUGGAGGAGCGUCGACGAUAGAAACCCUCGGACGCUGACUGAAUAUAGAAUGAGAGAAAUAGAGAGAGACGAUGAGGCAUGGCGACGUAGGGACGAUGAGAUAGACAGAGACCGCAGAGAUCGCGAUCCGUUUGUACGAGCGAGGGGGCUGGACGAUUAUCCGCGGAGCCCCCGCUAUGAGGCCGAUCGGGAAAGGGGCGACUCUCGUGGCCGAUGGGAGACAGAUCAGGGCCGACGAGAUGGGUAUAGGGAUGUCAGAUACGAGAGGUCGACCCGAGAUAGCUACCGAGGUGGUAGGUAUGGGAGAGGAGAUAGGGACUGGGACCGACGAGAUGGGUCGCGCGGACGAUUUGAGCGCGGGGAAGACGUGAGAGGAGAGCGCGAUGAGUCGCGAGGGUGGUACAACCGAGGAGACCGACGGGAUGAGUCGCAAGGGCGAUAUGGCUCGGGGGACCGCCGAAAUGAUUCGCGAGGGCGGUACGAGCAAGGAAGAUCAGGAGGAGACCGCAGCAGCGAUUCGCGCGGUAGGAGUGAUAGAGGGGGAUAUGGCAUCUCGCCAGAAACAUAUCCCAAGUCGCCUGACCCCAAGGCACCCAGGAGCGCGAUUUCUAGGACCGCAGAUGACAGACCAUCUACUCCCAGGAACUCAUGUGUCUACUGUAGAGGAGAAAACCAUAUCAAGAGGGAUUGCCCGGACCUCAGGCGAGCAAUAGAUGAGGGACUUGUCGUGCUUGACAACCGCAAGUACGUCAAGUGGGCAGAUAAUUUGGGAGAUGUAUCGAUGUUCCCUUCGAUGAAGGAGAAUGUCGAAGCAAGGAGARUGAAACCGAGUAAYGGAAUGGAGCCGGUCAGGAGCCAGAGCAUCAAGAUAACUUUUGAAGGGGACAUGGCGACCACACCCAUAAGAGUGGCGGCCACGAAGUCGGCAAGAGGGACCGGCAAACGAAUCGAGGGUAACCGGCCCGAACCCCUCCGUUGCGGCGCGGCUGCUGGUUUGACGCCACGUUGCGAGCUUCUUAUGAGUGUCAGCUUAUUGACACGUGCCGCGAAUAGAACAUUGCACAAGACCUGCAACACCAAACAGGUGAAGGUUCAACUCGCUGCGCUGCUCUUCCCGCGCAUGCCGUCGAUGCCGCUCGUGGUCUGGAGCAGCCGCGAAAGGUGCCAGGGGCCCGGACCGCGACCAACUACACGGUCGUAUCUUUUGAAAUUGAAAAUCAAUCAGCAAAUCCUGUUUGCUGGCGCGGGAAAGGGUGCGAGAGGGCGCGAGAGCAGUAACGCACUUCAGCGCACAUCGACGUUCUCGGUGAAACUAAUGGACUCACGGAAAGUGUGUCGUGGUGGGCGAGGGUGGGAGACCGAGGAUCGGGUACCGGGGGCGUUCGUCGGAAUGGACAUCUUCGAGAAUCGGUUAAAGCACGUAUGGUUUGCUGUACUGCUUAGCGUUCUAUCAAUCUGCUCCGCAUUGAUUCUCAAGCGCGCGAACUUACGGAUAUGGCGUAUUCGAAGUUGGAUUUAUGGGAAGAAUUGGCCACGGUGGCUUCUCGGACCCCAACUGGAGCCGCUUGCAUUUGCAACCACCAUUAUUUGUGUUGCAAUAGUGGUGUCCCCGGCUCUUCUGCCACCCGCAUGGGGGUGUGAGAUUGGCGAUCAAAUUAAACACCAUAAGCUGGUUGAAUAUGCGCUGAUCCUUUGCGGUCCAGCUGUGGUGUUUGCCACGUAUGCGUUACUCUUGUGGAAGAGCACAAAAUGGCAGAGCUCGCGUGCUGUUAUGGCGCUUCUAUGUCUGUCCGUCCUCCUCCUUUUUGCAUACGAAGGGUUUGCUGUCCAGUAUGUCACGAAGAGAAUACAGGGGAGUCAUUCAGCUCUCUUCUUUGGAGCUUCUGCCAUCGCGCUGGCCAUAAAUAUGCUUCCAAUUUGUUGUAUGGUGUUCAAUGGCGAUGGAGGUCUUGACCUUGAUGAGUAUGUCAAGAGAGCGUAUGUCUAUGCACGUGCGACAAGCAUUCAAGUGCAGCAGACUGCCAUUGAUCCUCAGCCGCCAGAUCUGACAGAUCCAUCUCUGUAUCUCAACAGGAGCAAUUGCAGGCAAAACUCGGCAGUUUCGUAUUAUCUUAUGUCUGUGGUGGUCCUGCUCAUUUAUUCGAUUCUUUUCUGGCGCAUUUCGGCGAAACAGUUCAAAUUCCUGGGAAUUGUGACAUCGGCUGCAGUUCUGGUUACAGACUGGAUUAUUGGGUCCUGUGUAUUUACCCUGAAAUUGGUGCAGAAUCGUAUUCAUGCCUUGGCACUCGCGUUUGUCGUACGGUGUCUUCUGAUCAGCUGCAAGGCCGAAACAUGGUACUUAGGGCACUGCUUAGCGUAUGCAGCAGUUGCAUCAGUUCUGCUUGCAGCUAGUGUUGCAAAAUGGUAUCCAAUUGUCAGUGCUGCGGAGGGCCGCGUGAAAGAGCUGGCCAGCACAGUGGAUGCUUUGAGAAGCCAGUUCUGGCAGAAGGUUCAGGGACAGACGAUGACAAAAAGCAUGUUCUCAGGCUCGCUGACUAAUCGGGGGAUGACUCAUAGCUACUGCAUGGGGAGUGAGGUGGGGAGGCAGUUGAGGGCAGAAUUGGAUGAACGUGUAGGAUAUGGACAGCGAGCGGAAGCUGAAGAUGGUCCAGGAGAGUUGUCAUUUAGCGGUCUUCAAGGUGUCAUGAACAGGGAAGGAGGGUAUGUUUUUGAUAAAGGUAAGGCGAGAGGGCAAGCAGGUGCUGCAGGAAGAAGCGGGUCUUAUCGCCAUCAGUCUGGAGAAGGCCAAGAAGGGGGGGGAGGGAGGGCAAGCGGUAGGCAGGCAUCCACAGUAGAGAAUCCAGCUGCUGCACGAUUUAGGCGAAUGGUUGCUGGUGGAGGAUGCCUGCGAGGGAAGGCUGCAGUGGAUGAGUCAUUGGGGGGUCCCAGUUGGUGCGAUGCACAUUGGUCGAUUCGGCUUGUCUUUGGCACACCCCAAGGUGUCUGGGCUAUCUUCUCUCUGUUGUUUGUGGUGGAGACGGUUGUGGUGGAGACGGUUCUUGUUACAAGGCAAGACACUAAGGAUCAGGACGCAAUAGUUAUGAAGUACGGUGUUGCUGCGCUGUUGCUUGCGCCAAUUGUUGCAUCAAUUGUUGCUUAUCUCCGCAGUCUCAGAGCUUGCAGAUGGAAGCUUACCAAGAAACCUCUGAUUAUUGGAACAAUUGCAGCAGCUCUCACUCUGGCUGAAGGUUUAUUUAUUGCUAUUGUCUUUCGAUCGUCAAUCGUACUGGCUUUUGGAAUAACCUUGCCAUUUUUAGGCAUCAGCUUGUCAAUUGCUGCCCCAAUGUGGAUUCAGAAUGGGUGCAAGUUUUUGCGAUCAGACAAGCCGGAACCUCUGGCCGACAAGGAUGAGAGCACUCGGCAACUAAGGCCCAGCCCAGAUGGAUUGAAUCGUGCACAAGGGGGGGAUAGUGGGGAAUUCCAUGCAAGGUCACGGCGGCAGCUACCCUUUUCAUUUCGGCAGGUCAGUGUUCGGUUCUGCUCUUGAUGGUCUCAAAUUUCUCAUGGUGUCUGUAUCCUGUUACCUGCUUUUUCUAAAGCUGAAUUUUAGAUUCCUGCAAAUUAGGCUCU